AGUAGUCUGCUAUAGAUCUGAAAUGUGAACAGCUAAGUUAUAAAUCUGAUGUGGACAGACGACUACAUUAUUUCUAUUACAAGAAGCAACACACUUCAUUUCUAAAUUGAUAUCAUACGUCGAACAAAAUAUCCCACCAUGAGUAAUUUUUCUAAAGUAAUCGAUGUGAACGAAUUCAAUCUACGUAUUAAUAUUAAUAAUUAUAAUAGCUUCUUUCACGAAAACAUUUGCCACAUCUGCAAGAAAGUAAACAAUGGAUUUUUUAUAUCAUGUAAUCUGUGCGAUAUGAUCUCUUAUUGCACUCUUGAACACAGAUUGUUGCAUCGUCCAUACCAUAUGCAGAUUUGUGAAAAUAUAAACCGAUUUUUACGAGAGAAUGAAAUACGUCGAGACUGUGCUUUAAGUUUAUCUAAUUGGAUUGAUUUAAGACAACAAUUUCUAAGCACAAUUAAAAAAUGGAUUCCACGUAAGCUAAAGACGUAUGAAGAACAGAUGAUUCUUUUUGCAAAAUCAUGCUCUAUUUGUCAUACACAGAUUAAUUUGGAACACUGUAGAACGUGUUAUUCGGAAUAUUUUUGCAUUGACCAUGUACAGUUAUUUCAAGAUUUGCAUGAGCGAAAAUGCCAACAGUUUGUAUUAUAUAUCAACACUAAUAUCGUGACUAGUGCAAGCAAAUUCACUGUGUUAAAAUUCACAAAUCUUUUAAAUCAAAGAAUACCUUUUAAUGACAUGAAUACAUUUAUUACAAUAUAUGUGCGUCCUUCCGCACGAUACAGCGAUUUAGUUGGAAUAUGUUUUAAAUAUUUCUACAGUGAUUAUGUAUCAGGACCGCUAACAUUAUAUUAUGGAAUGGAAAAUGCUGGUUUACUAGAACCACUCAUUUUUUCCGCACGUACAAUAGAUGAAUUUAAAUGCGUUAUUCACGUGGUAGCACUAAAUUCCUUAGAAAAGGAGCAUGUAAAUGCUUGGGAAAUAUUUCUACAUCUCACGCGUUACAUAAAGGAUCUAACAAUUAUACUAGUAGGACCAAAUUUUGAACAGGAUCAUUAUGACAAAGAACUUUGUUCUCAAUGCAAGUUCAGAUGUAUAAUGCUCCAUAUUGAAAUUUAUAGUACAUUUUACCAUAUGUAUGUGGCCGGUCCGUCCUUUAAAAAACCAAAUAUAAUUGUAGAAUUUCAAGCAGAUUUUAGUAAUGAGUGGACAUGUUCGCGAAGCAUAUUUUUAUCACGGAUUAGACACUGUCCGUUAAUUUUAACUACCACAUCGAAAAAAAAAGCAGAACAGAACGUGUCUAUUUUAAAACAAAUUUUAGGUUCGCAUUUAGAACCUCUCCAUAAUGCUAAAAAUCCUUUUAAAUCUUGGAGACCGUGGAGGGAUUUGGAGACUGGUUCAGUAUAUUUUCGUAAUCGUUAUGUAACUGUCUAUCGUAACACACAUGUUUUAUGGAGACCUUUCUAAACGAUUUGGAAUAUUUGUAUAUGAUUUUAGCAUUACGUUGAUAACAUUACUGUAUAUGAUAUAAAAUAUGUGUUAUUUGUACAAACGAAUUAUAAAUAUUUUUAAUAAAAGGCACUUUUUAUUGUA